UUCACUACCAUAUAAAUCACAAAUCCAUUCAUCUAAAAAAAGAAAGGCACUGCGUUCCUCAAAAAGAAAGAGAGAAGAGAAGAAAAAAACACAAAAAAAUGGCGUCUUCUCUUCCCAUUGGCAAAAAAAUCUCUAUUUUACUUUCUCUCCUCGUAUGUUUUAUUCCUUUAGGCUUUGCAGUAAUCGAAUACCACAAUGGUCCUCUUCUUAAAGGACAAAUUAACCUCUCUGUAAUAUGGUACGGCAAAAUCCCUCCACAACAGAAAUAUCUCUUCCUCAUUUUCAUCAAAUCACUCGAAGAUAACCCGAAAACCAUCAUAAGCUUCGAACCCCAAGUCUCCAAAUGGUGGAAACAAGUCGAAAGCUAUCAAACAUUAGCCAAAAAGGAAUCAAAUUCCAAAGACACCCCUGGAAUUGAAGUCACUGUUGUUAACGAGGUUGAUGAUCAAAAUUGCUCUCAGGGAGAGAAUUUAUCGAAGGAUUCGAUUCCCCUCCUUAUAAACAAAGCUGCACCGAAUACGGUGGCGGUUAUUUUUAUAGCUAAGGAAGUGGGAUUAGAAGGGUCGUGUUUGGCAUCAGGGAAAUGUUCCAUGCAUGGUUCGUUAGGGAAACAGGUGUAUAUUGUGGUGAAGGACCAAACAAAAGAUUGUCCUGAAAAGUGUGGAUGGCCAUUUUUCAGCAGUGAAUUGAAGAAGAAAGCGGAAUUCAUCAUUAAUCCACCAAAUCAGGACAAAGGUAUCGACCUAGCUAUCAUGCACGCAGCCUCAGCAUUAGCUUCAACCGUGACAAAUCCUUAUGGGAAUGGAUUCUACGUGGGAAACGCCAAGGAACCAAUGGAGAUUGGUAGAAUUUGCAAUAGCGUUUUCGGGACAGGGGCAUUUCCGGGAUUUACAGGCAAGAUUCAUAUAGACCCUCGUACUGCUGGGGGUUUCAAUGCCCAUGGCUUGAACAAUACUAAGCUUUUGCUGCCUGGCCUUUGGAACCCACAAGGUUCAUCUUGCUGGACCAUCAUGUAGUUAACUAAUAUUGUCAUUGCCAACUUUCUUCUUGACCAUUUUCUUCCCUUCUCUUAUGUACUAGUAGUUCUAGGGGAGAUUGUAAAUGGGUUGUUGAGUUAUAAGUACUCAAUAAUCUUAAGUAAUUGUAUCUUAUGUAUAUAUGUAAGUAUAUAGCAGUCAUACGUACUAAUCUCAUUAUCGAGGUAUAAAUAGUCGUAUAGAUUCCAAAUAUCAAAUUGUUGGUUCUGAUCACACAUUUGCCACAGUUAUCGCUACAAGAAAAUUAGUUACUCCCUGA